AUGGGUCCAAUCAGCCGGCUGAUGGUACAACAUCAGUUUUUACUGCACCAAUGUUUUUCACUGCCUUUCGCAUUUCUGUUUAAUUUUUUUGCUAAACGUGGAUAUCUUUCCUUGAGGUACAGGUACGUCUUUGUGACAGUUGGAGGAUGUAUCCUGGCGGUCGGCACGAUGGGGAUCUACAGUGUUCUUCUGUUCGCCUCCACCUUUGUCUUUAUUCUGCUCAUUGGUCAUGUGGAUCCCAGCAGCAUCCACAUCUGGGCGUUCGGUAUCCAGAUGUUCUGGCAGACCUUCUGGCACCUGCUUAUACAGUAUCGUGAAUAUUACCUGCAUGAGCCUGUCAGCGUGAGGUUGUUUUUGGCGGUGUCCUCUUUGAUGCUGCUCACUCAGAGAAUCACCUCGGUGUCCAUGGACCUUCAGGAGAAACAACUUAUGUCCCCAUAUAACGCAUCAACCAAAAAGACGAGUUGUGUCCUUCCUCUCCCUCUCGUCAGCUACCUCCUCAGUGUCACCACGCUGCUGGGCGGCCCGCUGGGCUCCUACAGACACUUUGUGUGCCACAUGGAGGGAGUCGGCCUCGGCCCCUCACCCAGUCCACUGGGUGAGGUAUUCCUGAAGUUGAUGCAGGUGCUAUUGCUGGAGCUGGUAAGGUUUUGUCUUGUCCACUUUCUAAAACAAAACAUCUAUGAUCCCAGUAGCUCUGCUUCUAUUCAUGGCGUCCUAUGGGUUUGGGCCCUCGCACUGGUUUUGAGGCUCCGGUAUUACUCUCACUGGAAGAUCAGUGAAUGCCUCAAUAAUGCAGCUGGGUUUGGAAAUUGCCAAAAUUCAUCCGGAGAGUCCCAGGACUGGAGCGGUUUAUCCGAUGGUGAUUUCUGGACCACCGAGGCGUCGAGCCGCAUGUCAGAGUUCGCACGUCGAUGGAACGCCACAACGGCUUCGUGGCUGCGAAGAACGAUUUAUAUGAGAAGCAAACAUUUCCCUUUGUUCGUGACUUUCGGUUUUUCUAUGUGGUGGCAUGGUUUGCACUUGGGUCAAUUUGUGGGGUUCUUGACUUGGGCGUCAGCGGUGCAAGCAGACUACUAUAUACACAGGUACUUACACCCAAAGCUUUCCUCAACAUGGAGGAGGAUGCUGUAUGUGUGUCUAAGCUGGAUAAACACACAAAUGAUCAUCACAUGUGUGGUUAUUGCUGUAGAAUUAAGAAAUAUGUCCGGCCUGAGGCUUUUGUUAGCUUCAUUUGUGGGUCUGUUUCCUCUUUGUAACAUGAUUCUACUUGUCAUCUUAUCAAAAUGCAACACAGUUACAUAG